AUGCGUUUAAAAACACUACGUAAAAGUCGUCCACCAUUGGAAAUUGAAGGCGCUAUUCUAAACGGUAAUCGAAUGGAUAUAAUCAACACCGAUCUAAGAUCAAUUCAUCAUCGAUCGAAUACAUCAUUCGCUCUACCUACAUCUUUGGAACGAGAUAUCUCCUAUCCACAUCUGACAUCCUAUGACCAAAUGCACGAUAUGAGUUCACAUUCUUUUCAAGAUCCUGAUCUGUUAACCGAGUCCCAAUCAUCGAAUCUUUCGUCCUAUAAGGCAAUUCAACAAGCUUAUCUUCAACAUGGUAUUCGAAUACGGUUUAGUCCACGAAAGAUCGUCUCAGCAACACAUUCGAAAUGUGAAAGACCAUUGACGAGUAGUGCACGACCGCAUACCGCCAGUGCCCGACAAAACUCAGCUAAACCGAUGAUCACCAAACAAAAUCAAGACCAUGAAACUGAAUCAUACGAUAGUCCACAGCAAGGCUCGUCGAAUGAUUUCGAACAGAACCAUGUAAAUAAUAUUUCCGAGGAGGAAAUUCUUGAAGAUUGUUAUUCAACAUCGUUCAUCACUAGUCAACAUUUUCACUCAAGUACUCCAUCAGAGAAGACACAUUUUACGAACACAAAUACACCUACAACAGCAACGCUGUUAGAUGACGAUGAUCCGGAUAUGCUUUACAUGAGUUCUCUGUUGAAAAUUGCAAGUGUGGAAUCUUUUCGAGACGCAAAUCGUCGACAUGGAGUGGUACGUCGAACAUUUUCUGCUCGCUCUUAUUCUAUGAACGACCGAUCGACAUCAGCGAAGCUAAAAGAAGCCCAUGAAAGAUCAUUGAAUUAUCAUACAAGUUCACUUUCACGAAGUACAACAAAUCCUUCCCUCUCAACACAACCUUCAAAUAAGAUCGACAGCGAUAUCCGUAAACAUGUAUCCAGAAUGCAGAAUUCGGCAAAGACUAGCUCAACUAAGCUCUCCGGCACACAAACAACACGGGCCAGUAGAGCCUCAUCGAGAGACAUGCCGAUCACUAACAAUGGAAUUAGAAGAAACUCCAGUAAUAAAUCAUCCAAAUCGAUGAACUUAGAACCGCCCGAUCAUAUUUUGACUCCAUACCAACGUACAACAUCCAUAUCAGUUGAUGAUUUUCCCAUCGCGAAAACCAUCUCGAUGACAGACCCUCGCAAAAGAUCGGCCAAACAUUUGAAAGCAACUGAUGAAAAUCAAUCUCAUCUCAUUGCACAAGAUCAGUCCACUUCACCAUCUAACUCAACUAACGCAGAUUCAUUACUCAUGCAGACAUCUCCAUGUGGCCCGUCUCCUCGAGUUCGUGUCUUCGAUUCUAGUUGGUGUGAGCGUAGUAAUAGCUUCGAAGGCGACGGACGAAGUUUAUCAUCAUCAAGUGUUGUUCAUAUUCCCGGCUCAAUUUUAUCUGGACAAUUACCGACUCCUGCAUCACGUCGAACGCAUAAGAGGGUUUCAUUCUACGAAGAACCUCAACCUGUUGUCCUAACAACCACAACUUUUGUAUGA